AGCCAUUGCUAUCGAGCAUCAGCCGCUUGACCCCCGCUAUCGAGCAUCAGCUGCUUCAAGGAUGCUGAGUGGCGGAUUCAACAUGGCGGUGCAGCAAGGCCCACUUCCAUUGACAGAGGCAGAUCGAAUCUUUGACCUUUUCGACACCGAUCAUGAUGGACAGCUUCUCCCGGAGGAGUUCCAGCUGGCCUCGAGGGUCAUGCGAGGAGAGCUGCCGCUGGAGAUCGCACUGGUGUGGAACAACCAGCAGGCGAUGAAGAAACACAUCAAUCAGAUGCAGAGUGAGCUCAAGGAGAUGAAGGAGAUGCUGACGAACCUUGUGGCAGCGCCUCACGCGCGCCCUCAAAAGCCGAAGUUGGCUAAGACAGUGAGGACAUUUGAGGCCCGUGGUUGGCCCGUGCAGGAAGAGGCUAACUUGAAGUCUCCUAAGUCUACUCCUCCAGUUCAAUCGUUACAGUCGACGCAAUGCACUCCUGAUUCGAACUUCUCCAACUCCCUGAGCUCCUAUGGCAUGACUGGACAGACCCAUGAGGAUCGCAAACGGGAUGAAGGACCCAUCUAUAUCGUAGAGGCCAGUGAAGAUGACUGGUGCCAGCUGAUGUGAGCAAGGAUUAUGUUCUCUAUGUUCUCAUACGCAUGGCUCACAAAAUGACAAAUGAUGGUUGUUUUACCGAUCUCAGCACUGUGACACACAGGUCACAAACCGCCGAAAAUGUGACACACAGGUCACGAACCGCCGAAAAAUGCAAAGGUUGCAAGGGCACAACCAGCGGGCCGGCAACACGCCCACCCCCUUGGGUGCCUGCGCAACCUUCAUUGCUUUCGCAGUUGCUUUCGCACAGUUCGCAUUGGGCAAGUCCUUAAGGGCUGGUCACCAUUGCCUCAGUUUGAAGAAAA